UUUUCCAUCUCACACCUUUCUCUCCAUCCAUCCAUCUCUUAAAUUAUAUCAAGAUCUGGGGGCUUGGGAUGUCGGCGGCCUUGAGUUGGUAUUUGGGUUCGGCGAUGACGCUUGGGACGUCGAGGCUACAUCCACCCCUCUCUCUUUGCUCUAUGGAUGUGAAUAGUGGGAUUGUAAUAUUGGGUUGUGUUUUGGUGGGGAAGGAAGUUGGGGGUUUGGUUUUCUUUUGCUGGAGGAGAUAACUGGUGGGAAAUCUUGGUGUUAGAUUUUUUGUGGCUGUGGAGAUGACAAAGUGUGGAGCUAAGGUUGGGGUUUUUUUUGCUAGGAGGGGAAGAAGAUCUUCUGGGUCUAUAAAAUAGGGAGAAAUAAAAUGUAUGGUGGCAGAUUGAAUCUGUUUAGAAGGGCAGAUGCGGUUAAUAGAUGCUCUCAGGGGAAGAGGCAUGCCUUCCAUGUAUUCAUGGUCUUGUAAGAGGUGAAUUUCCAGAAUCCAUGGUCGGAAAAAAAUCUUCUUGGGGAGAGUAAUGGAAGUGUGUGCACGAUCAGCUGGGAAGAUUACUAAGGUAGAGGGUUACUGUGAAUCCGGGUUAGAUCUAUGGGUCGAUUUAAAGAUAGAUAGCAAUCCAGAAAAUGAUUUAGAUCAUAGUGACUUGCCUCAACCCACUGCAUCCCCUCAAGGCUUUUCAACAAGAGUGCAACUCACAGAUUUGGGGUCACAACCAAUUCUUGGAAGCAAUUUUGAUACCGAUGAAAGAGGCAGUGGCCUACUCAUGUCAGCCUCUCCAGAUGCUGAUGUGAGCACAAUCAAAAUCAGCGAACGAGCUUCUAACGCAAUGGAAGAGCUUUCAAGCAUGGCUUUUGCUCAAGAGCCUCUUUGGCAAGUUGACAUGGCAAGCCAUACUGAAAUGCUAAGUGAUGUUGAGUAUAUGAGAGUGGUUAAGGUGAGAGAAUGUCAAUCGCCCCCAAGCUUGGACGUUGACAACUCUCAUGAACUUGAACCAGUUCUUGCAGUUUGUUCUGAAUCUUCACGAGCAGUUGAGUACUUCGAAACGAGGCCUAUCAGCAUUAUUGAACUUUUGAUGGAUUUGGAGCAAUGGUCACUUGCUUUUUCCAAUAUUGUCUCUAAAGCAACGCUAGUGGGAGUUUUGGCAUCGACAGGAGUGGAAAGACACUAUGAUGGAACUCUCCAACUGAUGACAGCUGAGUUUCAUGCCCCAUCACCACUUGUUCCAACAAGAGAGAGUUCUUUUGCAAGGUAUUGUAAAAAGCUAGGCUGUGGCUUGUGGGGAGUUGUUGAUGUGUCCCCGGAAACGUUGCUCCAAUUUCCAUCAAGAAACUUUCGAAGACGACCAUCAGGCUGUUUGAUUGAAGAAAUGCCAAAUGGAUGCUCUAAGGUUAUAUGGGUGGAACAUGUGGUGGUGGAUAACAGACUGGUUCAUCAUUUUUUUCAGCCGCUGGUCACUUCUGGUUUUGCAUUCUGUGCAAAGCGUUGGGUUAACACUUUAAUUCAGCAUUUUCAAUGGUCUGCAACUGUAAGGGUUCCAAACAGUCCUACUGAUCGUGGCGUGAUUAUACCACAACCGCAAAGAACAUUCUUCUUGAAGUUUUCGGCGAGAAUGGUAAAAAGCUUUUUCAUGGACAUCGGUGCUUCAAGAGAGAACAAAUGGAUGCCAUUUCCAAUGUCGGGUGCUGAUAUAAUGAUAUCGACAAAGAGUAGCACAGAUGACCAUGGGAAGAUUCUAGGUACAACAGUGUUCGCUACUUCUGUCCACCUUCCAGCCCCAAGUAAACAAGUUUUUAGUUUACUUCGUGAUGUCAAAUUUCGGAGACAGUGGGAUAUCUAUGGACGCAAUCAUAGAUUCGAUGAACAUGCUUAUAUAAGCAAUGGUGACAGUCCAGAAAAUGGGGUUUCUAUAUUGCGAGCCAUUAAUGAUGAAACAAAGAAGAUCAAGGCAUUGUACAUGCAAGAGAGCUAUGCAGCCUCGACAGGCUCAUACAUAGUUUAUGCUCCCUUUGAUUAUAAGCAUGCCGAGAAUAAGUUGAUGAAGGAUGAAUGGCCAGACCACAUACCUAUCUUGCCCUCAGGGUUUUCUAUCCUUCCUGACGGACCGAUCCUCCGGGGCGAAACUGGUGGAAGUCUUUUGACCAUUGCCUUCCAUGUCGUUGCUAAAUCGCCAACUGAUGAACAUGAGCCUUCUAAUCAGCUAGGGUUCCUUAUGCACAAUAUUAUUGCAAACACUGUGAUGUCAAUCAAGGAGGCCCUAGGAUUCUCCAUAUGAUGUACAAAGCAACUACUAAAACUACAAAUGAUUCUGCACAAGUUUAUUGUAAGCACUUGAAAUCAUUGCAAGACGAGGCUCCUUCAAACUGAGGAGGAGCUCCUCUCCACAGCAAAUGGGAUUUUGACAUGUGUCAAAACUCCAUCUGUUUUGAGGAGCACCCCCUCAAUUUUAAUGGGUGGAGGUAAAGCAAAUGUUGAGUAUGCUUUAAGAAAAUAUAAGGAUUUUCAAACAAA